GCUAAAAUUUUCGCAUACAUUGUUCUCUGACGCUAUAUGUCACUAUGAAAUUCAAAACAGAUAAGGGUACGAGAAUUUAUUAUAACAAUUCUUUAAAAUGUUUGAAUAAUUAAUGACAACUGCAAAAGUGCUAAAUAAUAUAAGGCAAUGACUAAAAUAAGUCAAGAAAGCUUUUUAUUUUUGACGUUAACAUGUUUUCUUCUUGGAACUGGUCUUUUCUUUGUUGGCUUUUUUCCGGUUGCAUAUGAAACCGUAGAGAUUAUUAGCAAAAAUGAUGAUUUAUCCUAUGAAAGACCUGUUAGUUUAAAUGGAAUAAGAUUAGUACAGCCGGCAAAAAAGUAUCCUCAGACAAUAUUAAUGGUUGUAGAUGCACUACGUUGGAAUUUUUUAAAUAAGACAAAUAUGCCGUUUACUUAUGAAAAUGCUUGUAUGCAUUUUUCAAUAGAAGUUGAUAUUCCAACAGUAACAAUGCCUCGUUUAAAGAGCCUUACAACGGGAACUCUAUCGACAUUUAUUGAUAUAAUAUUGAAUCUUGGCGAAACUGAACAAUUGGAUGAUUCAUUAAUACACCAAUUGGUCAAAAAUGGAGCUAACAUAUCCUUUGUUGGAGAUCGCACAUGGACGAAUUUAUUCCCUAAUAAAUUUUAUCGACAACAAGCGAAUGUAGAUUCCUUUUAUGUAAACGACUUUUAUGAGGGCGACAAAAAUGUCACACAAUAUUUAAUGAAAGAACUGACUCUGUAUGAUUGGAAUAUGCUUAUAUUACAUUAUUUAGGUUUAGAUCAUAUUGGCCAUGUUGAAGGUUCUACUAGUUCACGAAUAUUUCAGAAAUUAAAUGAAAUGGAUAAAGUUGUGCAGAAAAUUUACAACGGUCAGAACUUUCAUAAUCAGUUGGUAUUGAUAACAGCAGAUCAUGGAAUGCGAAAUGGUGGUGGCCAUGGCGGCAGUACAACAGAGGAACGUUUUGUACCACUAAGUGUUUUUAAAAAGAAUUGUACCGCAAAGAAUCUCAUCAAUAAUGUUAAAUAUAAACAAAUUGAUAUUGUUCCAACUCUGGCGGUGCUUUUAUCCAUUGAUAUACCAAAACAUUCAGUUGGAUGCUUAAUUUUAGAGAUGUUGCAAGACUUAACAUAUGAAGAUCAACUCUAUGCUCUUUAUUAUAAUACAAAGCAACUUUUACAAUUGACGAAACGACGAUAUGGGCAACAAGAUACAGAAUAUUUAAGUUGGUUUUUAAAAGCAAAGUCUGCCCAUUUUGACUUUUUAUCUAAGUUGCGUAAUAAAAAGGAACAAAGCAGCUUCGAUUUUGAGCAAGCGAAACUCAAUUAUGUUCGUUCGUCCCGAACUAUAUCGACAUUACUUUCAGAGUCUCGUGUUCGAUUUCAUUACGACUUUAUAGCAAUUGGUCUCACAUUAACUACCAUGACCACUGGGUAUAUAUUAAUUUUUGCACUUUUCACAGAAUCAAAUUAUGAAUUGGAAAACUUUCCGAAAUAUAAACGUUUGAUGCUUUCACUUUGUGUUGCUAUAUUUAUUUAUUUAAUUUGUUAUUACAAAGCUAUAAUAAAAACAAGUCAUAUAUUAAAUGCCGGCUUCAUUACGCUGUCAAUGUCUAUAGCCAUAUAUUUUGGUAUAAACAUAGUAAAAAUGAUAUUUAAAAUUAUUUUACCGAUGCAUAAAUCUAUGCAGAUGGCGUUGUCCAUUCCAAUACCACUAUUGGCUUGUUUUAUAUUCCAUACAUGUUCAUUAGCUUCAUCAUCUUUCAUUGAGGAGGAACAUCAAACUUGGUAUUAUUUAGGAGCUACCGCACUUAUAUUACUUUUUAUGAACAAAUUUAGAAAAGCUACAAUUGAAAGUAAUAUUGGCCAGGAAUAUUUUCUUUUUAAAAAUAUACAUAAAACUAUUUGGAAAAUGCGUUCCGAUAUAAAAAUGCUUAUAGUGGUAACGUUGAUGAGAAAGCUUAAUCAAACAGGCGACAGAUGGAAAGACUUAAUAGAUUUAGGUGAUAUUUUAAAUGAACAUGAUAAUAAAGCCGCUUUAACUUUAUUUUUUAUUAUUGGACUGGUAAUGCUAUUAAUGCAACUUAAAAAUGUGAAUGGACCAUUAGAAAUCGUUCCUUGCUUUUUCGCUACAAUGUGUAUUUACUGUUUUCGUGGUGCCAGUGGAACUGUGAACUUAGUUCAAUCGGAGGAUCAUAACAAAUAUGUAAUUUUGAUGUUAUUUUGGAUAAGCAUAGUUAUUUUAGCAAUAAUUCCAUAUGCUAAAAUUAUUUUCGGGAAAAAAACUUAUGGAUAUGCAAGAAAGCCAAAUCUUAUUAAAAUAUUAAAUGCAAAUUUUAGUUGCUUUCUACUGGUCUCCGCCUUAUUGCAUAAACCCCACAAUGUUAUUUUAGUACCGGCACUGGUAUUUGUAUUGCAAGUGACAUAUUCUCUGUGUGAUAACUUACAUAACCAAAGGUUUUGGCGAGAUAAUCAGUUACAUGUGCUGGCUUAUAAAACAGUUUUAACAAUAUUUGUUGCUAAAAUGUUCUACUUUUAUCAGGGUAAUUCAAAUAGUUUAGCAACAAUUGACCUUAAUCCAGGUUAUAUUGGUCAAACCAGUUACAAUCCUAUUAUUGUGGGCACAUUCGUGACGCUUAAUACUUACUGUGCAUAUAUAGUUGCCUUUCUCUAUUUAAUUCUACACACUUUUAGUAUACAAGCCAAACAAAUGCCGCGCCGUGAAGAGAAAGAACAAGUCACAAAUAGUGCGUUGGUGAUCGUGAAUGAGAAACAAUUGCAAUAUGUCAUAUCCUUGUAUACAAUAUCAACUAUAAUGCCUGUUGCAGCAUAUUUAGGUUUAAUGAUGAUAUUUCGUUAUCAUCUUUUUAUAUAUUCAGUAUUUGCACCAAAAUUUUUUUACGAAGUUUAUAAUGUUUUCGUGUUUUAUUUUAUUUUUGCCUUAACAAAUUUGUACUUUAAAUUAUUUAAAUAA